AUGGGGCCCACCCGCCAAACGCGCGGGCGCUCGAGAACAGGGUGUAACCAGUGCCGCCGGGAUCGGAAGAAGUGUGACGAAGUCCGCCCCGUCUGCUCGCGGUGUCUGAACCGCCGUACCUCGUGUGACUUUGAACGCCCAUUUGGAGCCAGCGUGGGGAACCGGCGGCGCACCAUGUCAUCGGCACUGUCGGACACGAGUUAUGACGAUGGUCCUGACCCAAGCCCGACAGGGUACCCGAUGAGCGGAGCUCGUUCGGGGUCGUCGACGAUUGCCAGGACCCCGGGGCCCAUGUGGGCGACGACACCACGCACCGACGACCAUCGCAUCAGCAUCGGCAGCGUCAACUCGGUAGCCCAGCAUCGGGGGAGCUACCAAGGCGCCCCAGCCGGACCGAGCGGUAGCAGCAUUCAAAACUUCCACAGCGACACCCAGUUUCCGACAUCAGCAGUGCCUAGUACCAGUACGGUAACAGGCACCAGCACGAACAUGCCGCCCUUGCCGGGUAAUAUGGUGGGGAUGACGCCGGUGAGCCCGUUCGACCAGAUCGACCUGGGCGUCAGCGACGAGUAUAUCUCGUUCGACGACCUGCUCAAGGACUUGUUCGGCGCGUCGAUGCCCGACAUGACCACUGGCAUGGCGUACAUUACGGCACACGCGCACGAGGCGUCCGAGCGCGCCGAGCCGUCGCACAGCCCAAACGUCGAGCCGCACUCGGUGCAGGAGCGGUUCAACGCACCGCUGGACACGCGCGCAGCGUUGCGGGGAACAGUGCCGCAGGCUGCACUAGAAACGCUGAGCGAUACGGACGCGCGUCUGAUCCAUCACUUUGUCGAUGUGCAGAGCACCAUCAGCAUCGCGAUCGAGCUUGACACGCACGACAACCCUUUCGUCAAGCACUUUGUACCUGUCGCCUUGUCGUCAACACUGAGCGGGAACAACGACGACAACCCAGCCCUGCACGCUAUCAAGGCUACGGCUGCGACCCACCGCGCCAACCUCAUGGACAGCACGCGUACCGAUGGCUCGGGCGUGUGGCGCGACCUUUCCCAUUCGUGCCGAAAGCGCGCGUACGCACUCAUCGCAGCCAAGAUGGGUGGGUUCGCCCAAGCAGCGCCCGAGGAACGCGAGCGCAUUCUUGGCGCCUUUGCACAGCUCGUGGGCCUGGCUGUCGUGGACGGCAACACGCGUCUCCUCCCAGGACUGUACGCUGCGUUCUCCGUCGCGCUGCGUUCCAUCGCCAACCCCACCGAACACGAGCAGUUCUUCGUUGUCCUCGCAUCCAUGUGGCAGACAAUGCUCAACUUUAGCAUUGGUGUCGUUCUCGGCCGGCCGAUGCUCAAUCCUCUCGUCGACUCGUUGCCCAAUCGCCCGCGCAGUGCCGAUGCCGAUAACGUCUUUGCUGCGCCUUACGAGCGUGCUGAGGAAUUUAUGCGCGUGUAUGUUCUCCUCGAGCAAGCAAGGCGACACGAUACGGCAUCGGUACUCGCUGCGCAGCUUGAGGCGGACGAGUUGAUCUCGUCUCUCGGACAUAGGCUUCAGCAUGAUCUUAACCACUAUGCCUCGUUGCCUGGGCCGGCGCGACGCGUCGCCAUCGGAUCUCUCCUCGCCAACGCGGCUCUCCGCGUCCUCCUGCUCCGACAUGUCUUCCAGUAUCCGAUCGAGGAUUACCGUAUCCAGCAAUGUGUCCGCGACGCGCUGCAGGUGUUCCCGGCCAUCAAAUGGGGCACUGAAUCCGGGUUACUCAUCUCCCUCCUAAUCCUGUCCACUGUCGCGCUACCUGCCGAGCAGGCCCAGUACCGCACAUUCAUGGUGCGGUUGUGCUGGAAGGGCAGUGCAGGCCCACGUGCUGCACUCUCGACCCUGGACGCGGUCUGCGCCGGUGAGGACUGGAAGCAGGCAAUGGUGCAGGUCGGUGCGCCCAUCUUGGUGUGA